AUGGCCUUUCUAAGCCUAGGACAAGCUAAACUACGUCUCGAGGCAGAGCACGACAUCCUUCCCGAAAUCGGGCUGACUCCCGAGGAAAUGCCCAUCCAGCACCAGCCGAGCAUGGUCAGGCUCCGCAGACCUCUUCCGAUACCCAUUGCCUUCCAAGCCUGCCCAGACAAAGAGCCCCUGUUUGCCUCGCCAGUCCUGCCGGCCGAGAUCACCAAGCCCAGCGAGGGGCCCUUGAAUUUCAGCGAUGUCACCUUGGAGCCCCGGGGGAGCGACAUGGAUCGGCCAUCGGGGGAGGCCGCCUUGGUGGCUCUUCUGGAGCUCCAGCGUGCCGCUUGCGACUGGGGGCUGCCGGAGGCCGCCAAAGCUGCCAGAGAUGCAGCUGUGACGGUGGCGUCGCCCGCCCCUUCCGCUCUCAGGCAGUUGCCGGAUCUUCACGUGUGCGGAGACAGCCGGAAGGUUCCAGACCCACCGAGCACUGGAAGUGCACUUCAUGCUGCGAGGCAGCUGCGGAUCUCACAGCAGGGCGGAGGAGGUGCGGAUAUGACAAGGAGAGGUUACAGGCAGCCAACGGCCAGCUCAGAAGCCAGGUGGUCCGAGCGCAAAGCCGUGGUUGCCGCUCUGAAAGAAGCGAAGGGCGAGCCGCCACCUGCCAGCUCGCCGACGGCGCGGCUCAACAUCGCGUACCUCGGAGAUCGGCAGGUGAAGUGCCAGCGGCUACGGGACAGGUUGUGUCGAGAUCGAUGGUUCAACCUUUGA